AGCGCGCUGCUGAGGGGGGAAGAGACGCACACACACUCAGAUACACUCACACACUCAUUCACACAGGAGGGGGGUCCUGUGUACAUAAACUGCUGCCAUGUAGCCUGUUUAUAACAAGAUUUUUGUUGACAUUUUAUUCAGCCAUACGAGGAUUUUAGUUGCUAAACAGUUACAUAACAAUGGUUUGUUUAUGAUCGUUAGCUACACUGCUAGCUAGCUAGCUAGCUAGCUGGUGAAUUUAGAAAGAUAGCUGGCUAGCUAUCCGUCUUGCUAAAUGCUAACCGUGCACAACAAGAUGGUUGCUAACCGAAGAGGCUAAUGCGGCAGAACUGUGUUCCAGCAUGUCAGAAACUUUGAAAUAUGUGGAUGAUGAACACAAAACAAUUUUCCUGAAAAUUCUAAACGAGCAGAGACUAGAAGGCGAACACUGUGACAUAGCUGUGGUGGUGGAAGACGUUAAGUUCAGAGCACAUCGGUGUGUGUUAGCAGCCUGCAGCAACUACUUUAAAAAGUUAUUUAAGAAGCACGAGGUGGACAGCUCGUCGGUCAUCGAGAUCGACUUCAUCCGCUCGGACAUUUUCGAAGAGGUGCUGAAUUACAUGUACACAGCGAAGAUUUCCGUUAAAAAGAAAGAUGUCAAUUUAAUGAUGUCAUCUGGACAAAUACUUGGAAUACGUUUUUUGGACAAGCUUUGUUCUCAGAAACGCGACAUGUCCUCCGAAGAGAAAAACGACCAUAAAAAUGCCAAAUAUUCCUACGACCUUGUGAAAAUGGGACUUCAACCUGAUGAGGCCCAGUUAAAUCAGGACAAUGAUGUCCAGGUCAUUGGCGACCAGGACGACACACCGUCUGACGAUCUGGUGGAGGAGCCUCAAGGCAAUCACGAUCUAGACAAAUCGCCAAAUAGUGCCCUGCGGGUAGAGGAAGCCACUUCACUUUUAAAAGAGCUAACCCAGGAGGAAGUGCACAAGGUUGCCUGUUACGAUCAGGAUGUGGAAGCAAUGGACGGUGAGCCCAAAGAGCUUGCGACUCACACUCAGACUCUUGCAUUUGCUGACAGCAUGGGGGAUGUUAAGGAUGAACAAGCUCCCGGAUGGAGUACAGCAACUGCAGACAUGAAGCUUGAAUACCUGCUGUACGGCCACAGGGACCAGUUUGCCUGCCAGGUUUGCGGGAAGACUUUUGUGGACGAGAACCGGCUGAGAAAACAUGAAAAGCUGCAUUCCGCUGAUAGACCGUUCAUAUGUGAGAUAUGCACUAAAGCAUUCACCACGCAAGCCCACUUGAAAGAGCAUUUAAAAAUCCACACUGGCUUCAAACCCUACAGAUGCGAAGACUGUGGCAAAUCUUUCAUCCGCGCCCCAGAUUUAAAGAAACACGAGAGGGUGCAUAGCAAUGAACGGCCCUUUAACUGUCACAUGUGCGAGAAAGCUUUUAAACACAAGUCCCACCUGAAGGACCACGAACGGCGACACCGGGGCGAAAAGCCUUUCAGGUGUAGCUCCUGCACCAAGGCCUUUGCCAAAGCAUCAGAUUUGAAGAGACAUGAGAACAACAUGCACAGUGAAAGGAAGCAGCUGUCUUCAAACAGCUUGCAAAGUGAGACUGAACAGCUACAAGCGGCUGCAAUGGCAGCAGAGGCUGAGCAGCAAUUGGAAUCCAUAGCAUGCUCAUAACAUAACGUGUGUGUGUGUUCAAUACACUCACACUAAUGCACUGUAGAACAAUGUUUUCUUACCCAUUUCCAUUUGGUUAACAGAUGCAGUGUUAUUGUUUUUGGUCUUGUUUUAAGUUCUUUUUUUUAACUAUUAGAAUAUCAGAUCUUGAUAGUUUACUAAUUUUAGACAGACAAGUUAAUUAACACUGUUGAAUGUUUUUAUUUUCUUCCAGAUGUCCAUGGUGCAAAAUUUCUUCUCACUGUAAACUUCAUACCAAAUGUAUUUGAGUAUUUGUGGCAGUGCAACGGACAAUAAAUUGUACUGACUUAGACUUGUUGACAGUACACAUGCACAGUGCCAUUUUUUGCUAAGAAAACAGAAUUAUCAAAAUGCUGAUGAAAUUUAUGUCUUUGAUGGUCAAUCUUUCCAUCAACUCUCUUGCAAGAUGAAAAGAAGAUUUACCUUAUUGAUAUUUUUGCUGUAAUAAAAAAAAUCAUUUCA